GGAGGAGCUGACGUCAUCACCUGUUGGCCUUGCUGUCUGGGAAUGGGAGUGGAUUCCGCGUCGGUUGGCGUUCACUCGAGGAUCGCGGACCUCACGACCUGCACCUCAAAAGUAUUCACUUGUUGCCAGUCGUUCGCGUCUUCAGCAGCAACAAUCGCACGAAGAAAUAAAUCAUGCUAGUAGUUUCGAGUGAAAGAGUUUAACUAAAACUAAGUUCCUGGGUGUUUCUUUUUUUCUGUUACAUUUGGAUUAAAGUGUGUUUUUUUACAUCGUUCGAAAGUGCGUUUUAUGUCCAAGAUGAAAGUGGUGCUGUUGGUGGUGUUGUAUGUGGUUGCAACAAGCGAUGGUCUACCUAGUGGAGCGCCCGUUACAGCCUGUCAGACCAUCGUUCCAUUCCAUGGAGGAGGUAUCAAGAGACAGCUCAGUCCUCCGCAACAUGGGGUGUCCGCAAGAAGAAACGGCGAUGCUUACAUGAUCUCCAUCAAAUCGCCCAUAAAUCUGCCAUUCCAAGGGUUCAUGCUACAAGCGCGCGAUUCCAGGAACCAACUGGUUGGGCAAUUUGAACCUAGCACCAGCGAGGUUCACACCAUCGACUGUCGACAAGCUGGAGAUACCUUGACGCAUUCCAACACGAACCAGAAGAACGGCGUUGAAGUGCAAUGGAAUCCACAAGGAUAUGAAGGACCGGUAAUCUUCAAUGCGACUGUGGCUCAAUCUUACGACACCUUCUGGGUGGGUCUGCAAUCUCCUGAGGUGCUGGUAAGCAAAAGGUCUUCAGAUGAUGGACAACAGACGUUCACCCCGACCAGCAGACCUAUUACUACGCCACCAAACUUUUCUCCGGAGUUGAAGCAGGAGUCCUCCACCGAAUUCGAUCCAUUCUACACCGGAUGCGACGUAAAGAAGAGCUGCUUCGGAUCUCCAGUUGGUUGCGUUGCAAGCAAGAACUGCAAAGCGGUAGUUGCCAUCACCGUUUAUGGAGAUAGACAUGAAUUUGAGAUGAAGGGAGCAGCCAGUUGGAUAGGUACUGGCCUCUCCGAAGACACCCAGAUGGGCGAUGAUUCUGUCAUCGAGUGCGUCAACGAGAACGAGAAAGUCAAAGCUUACAUCUCACAAACCACACCCAGACCAAACUUGAACGUGGAAAGGAACAGGAGGCAAGAGGGAAUCCAACUACUUGAAAGCUCUCUGGUGGAUGGAACCAUCUACUGCCGCGUCCUCAGGGAAGCCAAAACUACAGUCAACAAUAAAGUAUACGACUUGGCUAAAGACAUGUAUUACAUCUUAGUUGCUGCAGGCAAUACCGUCCACAGUAACAAAGUAGCCUUCCAUGACGUUGCGUACCUAGCUAGUGGAGAAAAGAAAAUCCUCUCAGAUGUUUCUGCGAUCAAAGCUGCUUCGAAACUGCUCCUCAGGUUGCACGGAGCUUUCAUGUUAACUGCUUGGAUUGGUACCGCGUCCAUCGGAAUGCUUCUGGCCAGAUACUUCAGACAGACCUGGGUUGGAGGAAGCCUCUUCGGCAAGGACCUUUGGUUCGCUUGGCACAGACUAUUCAUGGUUCUCACUUGGGCGUUGACAACGGCCGGUUUCGUUCUCAUCUUCGUAGAGUUAAAAGCCUGGACAACUGAGCGCAAUCCUCACGCAAUUCUUGGAUUGAUCACCACAAUACUCUGCUUCAUUCAACCAAUCGGAGCAUACUUCCGUCCUCAUCCAGGCACUCCAAGAAGACCCAUCUUCAACUGGGUCCAUUGGUUCGGAGGAAACGUUGCUCACAUCUUAGCCAUCGUUACCAUCUUCUUUGCCGUUAAGUUGAACAAAGCGGAAUUGCCCGAAUGGAUGGAUUGGAUCCUCGUCGGUUUCGUAGCAUUCCAUGUUGUCAUGCAUUUGCUUCUCUCGAUAAUGGGCUGCGCCUCUGAGAAAUCUGCAGAAAGAAGGAUCAACGCUUUCCCAAUGAGAGACAUGAGCGGAUCAGGAAGAAGUUCGGUGUACACGGAACACAGCGCCGAUGCUCCGUUCUCCGGAGUCCGCAAAUUCCUGCUAGCUAUCUACAUAAUUGUGAUACUUCUGGUGGUGAUCGCUCUUGUCGUGAUCACAGUCUUUGCUCCGAUCAACGAGUUCAUCGAGAACAUCAUGAACAAAGUGAAUUCGUCCUCGUAGAGACACCAGUUCAAAAUUUUUCAUUUGAUCACGACGUUACCCUUCAUCGUACCUUUAAUUUAUCCCCCCAUAAAAACACGUUACAUCAAAUUUACCUCCGUCUCUUGAAAUUACCGUUUAACAGUAUGUAGAAUGUACAGAAAUGAUUAAUUUAAUUUAACUCUUAUUUUUUUUUUAUAUACAUAACAGAACGUUAAAUAUUACUU